AUGGCGGCCAAGCACUUCGCGGCCGUGGCGCAGGACCCGACUGCAGACGCCGAGCUGAAGAGCUUGAACAAGGCCAUGCUUGCCUCGGCAGACGGAGACUGGAACACUGCGAUUGACGAAUUGAAGCAACUGGCCGUUGAUGAUCCGGAGAACUUUGUCGCUGUCAACAAUAUGUCCGUUGCGCUGCUGAGCCAGGGCCGCAUCCGCGAGGGAAUACGGGUACUUGAAGAGGCCAUCGAGGCCUCACCAUCUGCUGUGCUGGCGGCUGAGCCUCUUCUUUUCAACCUAUCAACGAUGUACGAGCUGCGGUCGGCGGCGGGCGUAGACAAGAAGCGGAACCUGCUGAUUGAGGUGUCCAAGUGGGCGGGAGACGGUCUUCGCGUGACGUGCCUGAAGAUGCCUACUAACUAG